CAGCAGUGCAGGGUUGUCAGGCAGCAAGAUGCCAGUUUACACAAGCUGGUCACACUGACUCCGCCGGUUUUAAUUAUUUUACUGAAUACUCGCUAAUUUAACAAUAAAUAUAAUAAUGCUGUCCCUAAGCGAACCCAGCAAUAAUGGAGGCAUUCCCGACAAGGCCUGGCAGCCGCAUUUCGUGACCUUGGAAACGAGCAUGGGAGAAAUCACCGUGGAGCUGUACUGGAAGCACGCGCCCAACACGUGCCGCAACUUCGCUGAGCUCUCGCGAAGGGGCUACUACAACAACGUGGUGUUCCACCGGAUCAUCAGGGACUUCAUGAUCCAGGGCGGCGAUCCCACGGGCACUGGCCGCGGCGGAGCCUCCAUCUACGGGUCCGAGUUCGGGGACGAGCUGCACGGCGAUCUGAGGCACACGGGCGCGGGCAUACUCUCGAUGGCCAACUCCGGGCCGGACACCAAUGGGUCGCAGUUCUUUAUCACCCUGGCGCCCACGCAGUGGCUGGAUGGCAAGCACACGAUCUUCGGCAGGGUGUACACAGGCAUGGAGGUGGUGAAGCGGAUCGGCAUGGUGGAGACCGACAAGAACGAUCGCCCCGUGGAUCCCCUACGGAUCAUCAAGGCCAAGGUGGAGAAGCUGUGAGGCCUGGCGGCGGAUUUUGUAGAGGAACUGCUAGAAUAGGUACAAUUGACUAAGCGAACGGUAGCUUUCCAUGCGAAAGGGUUACUAGUUAGUUACUAUAACACUGAUUAAAUGUAUUUACGGAAUGACUAGA